UGUCCUUGCCAUGGAAUGGGCUGUUUGGGAGCAGCUCUGGACCCUGGGAUGGAGCACCCUCCCUGUGCUGCCUUAGGCCCUCCAGGUAGUACUUGCCUGGAUGUUGAAACCCUGUUGCCUUCCAGAAUGGGGUUUGGGGCAUCUGACCUGCCAGCAGAGCUCAUGCUGAGCAACACUUGUUCCACUGUCAAUGGGAUGGCAAGGGAAGAGCAGGGUCCAGUGCCAGGCUGGCAGCAGGGGAGCCUCAGAGCUGCCCUGGCCACUGGCGGGGGGUUGGGGGGGGUUACUGACCUCGCCCUUAUCUUCCCUGUUUCUCUUCUUAGCUCCUGCACCUCUGCAGCCGAGAAGGAGAUGGGAGGAGCAGAACAAAGGGAGAAGCAAUACCGAGCCCAUCGGGGAUUUGGGGAUCGCCGCGAUGGGGUCAUCAGUGCCCGCACAUAUUUCUAUGCUGACGAGGCCAAGUGUGACCAGCACAUGGAGACUUUCCUCCACUGCAUCGAUGCCUCAAGUGGCAGCUCAGAGAACGGCUUCUCGGCCAUCAAGCUGACAGCACUGGGCAGACCUCAGUUCCUGCUGCAGUUCUCAGAGGUGCUGGUGAAGUGGCGGAGGUUCUUCCACCAAAUGGCUGCGGAGCAGGGCCAGGCUGGGCGGGCAGUGCUGGAGAUGAAGCUGGAGGCGGAGAAGCUGCAGGAGGCCCUGGCCAACCUUGGCAUUGCCACCAAGGCGGAGAGCCAGCACUGGUUCACGGGCGAGAACCUGGGCAUGAGUGGCACUGUGGACCUGCUGGACUGGAACAGCCUGAUUGACAGCCGCACCAAGCUCUCCAAGCUGCUGCUUGUCCCCAACAUGCAGACUGGGCAGCUUGAGCCUCUGCUCUCACACUUCACCGAGGAGGAGGAUCUGCAGAUGAAGCGGAUGCUGCAGCGGAUGGAUGUCCUUGCUAAGAGAGCCACAGAGAAGGGCGUGAGGCUGAUGGUGGACGCAGAGCAGAGCUACUUCCAGCCAGCCAUCAGCCGCCUCACCCUGGAGAUGCAGCGCCGCUUCAACAGGGACCAGGCGAUCAUCUUCAACACCUACCAGUGCUACCUGAAGGAGGCUUAUGACAACGUGACAGUGGACGUGGAGCUGUCGCGCCGGGAGGGCUGGUGCUUUGGCACCAAGCUGGUCCGCGGUGCCUACAUGGAGCAGGAGCGGGAAAGGGCAGCCCAGAUUGGCUAUGAGGAUCCCAUCAACCCCACCUACGAGAAGACCAAUGAGAUGUACCACAGGUGCCUGGACUAUAUCCUGGAGGAGAUCAAGCACAGCCGGAAAGCCAGCGUGAUGGUGGCAUCUCACAAUGAGGACACAGUGAAGUUCACCCUGCGCAGGAUGAUGGAGCUUGGGCUCCAUCCCUCGGAGAAGAAGGUGUGCUUUGGGCAGCUGCUGGGCAUGUGUGACCAGAUCACCUUCCCUCUGGGUCAGGCCGGCUUCCCUGUCUACAAGUACGUGCCCUAUGGCCCCGUGAACGAGGUGCUGCCCUACCUGUCCCGGAGGGCCCAGGAGAACAGGGGCGUCGUGCAGCGGGCAAACCGGGAGCGGGACCUUCUCUGGAGGGAGGUCAAGAGGCGGCUCCUCGCAGGCACCCUCUUUGGCUCCAACCACUAACCCCAACCACAGCAUCCAGCCUGGGGACUCCUGUGCCUUUACCUAUAACCACUAUUGCCAUUCCCUCCUAGUUCUGCUGCAGUUCCCCCCCUGCCCCCCUCCACCCCUUCCCAGCCCCCUCCACACUGGGAACGAUCGUGUCCUUGUUGCUGUUUGAGCCACCCACACUGUAGAGGUGCCCCAGCCAGUGCUGCCCUGAGGGACUGUCCCUCUGCCAGCCCGGGGACUCCUGAGCUGCACUUGCCCUGGGCUGCCUCAGGGGAGGUGCGGGGGCUCUCCUGCCAGCCCCACCCCGACUCAGUGAACACUGUCCCGGGGUUUUCCGUUGCAGGACUGCAGAGGGAGAUUUGGUCACCGGCUUUGUGCCAUGGGCUCAGGUCCAGGGCAGCCCGGGUGGCUUAGGAACAAGCUGGCCUGAGCCAGAAGCUUUUCCAGCCUCUGCCAGGGCUGGGGCAUGAUCUCCUCCAGCUUUGUGGCUGCAGAAGCCACAGUGACCUGUGAAGUGUCACUGGGCAGGGACAGGAUCUGUCCCCUGCUGCCUGUCCCAGGGCAGCUACAACCUGGCUGCUCACCAGCUCUGCACAGACUGGAGCUGAGUAGGUCCUGGGCAGGACCAGACUUUUCCCCCAACCCACCGGGUGAAGCAGAGCCCAUAUCCCCUGGGCUUGCCUGUUCUCAGGCACGGGUCCAGCAGGGCGGGAGGGGCGAGGGGAGCUGGCUGGCCCCAUCCCUGCGCUGUUCUUGCCCUGCCCACAGAGCCCAGCUCUGAUGAUGGACCAGGUCCAUGUUGCGGGCAGGGGCAGUGGCUGCUGAGGAGCACUAGGAGCUGGACCACAGCUCAGCUCUGCUGUACACUGGAUUUCCAGAUAACACUGGU